UUAAACUGUGGCAGCUCCCUGUCAGGGAGUCAGAGGGACCCGCAGCCCAGCCCAGCCCUGCGCCCUGUGGAUGCACAGCCGGUGUAAAAAGGUUUUCUUACAUGUUCUGUUUGACGUGUUAUUCUAAUGUGACUGGGGGAAAAAAAGGUUUGUUCAAGAACAACUUCUUCGGGGCUUGUCACUGCUGCGUUCAAGGAGCCUCCUGAGCUCAGCCCGUACCGCGUCGCCAUGGGGGUCAAAGCUGCACUCCCCAGAUAUGAGAUAUACUUCUACAACACGGUGCUGUGUCUGGCCAUGCUCUGGGCCACCAGCUGGAUCUUUGAGGUGUCCCGAUCCAAUGCAAACAGGAAGUCCUUCAAAACCAGCGUGAAACCGGGGUGGCACUAUUUUGGGAGGAAAAUGGAAACAGCUGAUUUUGAGUGGAUGAUGUGGUUCUCCACGUUCCGCGAGCACAUCCUGUUCGCUCUCUCGGGCCAUGUACUGUUCGCCAAGAUCGGCUCCAUGCUCGCCCCACAGUACAGGUCCUUGGUGUACAUGGUGUACGGGCUCCUGGCUGUGUGGACCAGUAUGGGCUGGACCUACGUCACCCUCAUCCUGUCCCACUGCAUCCUGCUCUACAGCAUCUCCCUAGUGAAGAUCCGCUGGCUUUGCUUCGCCACUGGCCUUUGUACCCUCGCCACAUUCAAGUGUGAUCCUUUCGUGUCCUGGCAGGCUGGAUUUGUGGAGGGGGACUUUGAGCUGCGUCACGUUCUCUUCUAUGGGGGCUGUGGGUUCACGAUCAUGCGCUGUAUGAGCUUCGCCCUGGAGAACUGUGAGAGGAAAGAUGGAAACUACCACAUCCUGGAGCUGCUCAAGUACAACUUCUACCUCCCCUUCUUCUAUUUCGGGCCCAUCAUGACCUUUGAUAAAUUUUAUGUUCAAGCCAACAAGUCGGACCUGACCAGGAAGGAGAGGGAGAUGUGGAAUAUCAGUCUGCAGGGCCUGAUCCACCUGGGGGCGGUCAUUGGGGUGGACAUCCUCUUCCAUUUCAUGUACAUCCUCACCAUCCCCAACGACAUGAAGCUGCUGAGACACCUCUCCGACUGGGCUCUAGUGAGUCUCGCUUACUUCAACCUGGUGUAUGACUGGGUUAAAGCAGCCGUCAUGUUUGGAGUCAUCAACACCGUAUCCAGGCUGGAUCAUCUGGACCCUCCCAAGCCGCCAAAAUGCAUCACGAUGCUCUACGUGUUUGCUGAGACCCACUUUGACAGAGGAAUCAAUGACUGGCUGUGCAAGUAUGUGUACGAUAAGCUGGGUGGGAAACACGAGAACGUGCUGGAGGAGCUGGUGGCGACGCUGUGCACCUUCGGCGUGACCAUCCUCUGGCUGGGACCCUGCGAGGUGGUGUUGCUCUGGGCUUUCUUCAACUGUUUCGGCCUCAACUUUGAGCUGUGGACCGCCAAGCUCUCCUCCAUGGAGCCUUUUGCUUCUUUUGAGAUGGAAAUGUCGGAAGCAAUGUCCCGCAGGAUCAGAGCCUUCGUCAAUACGUUCAACUUCUGGAGCAUUGUUUUGUUCAACAUCCUGGCACUGAACAGUUUGGACUUUGCCAAAUUAGUCGCCAAACGGCUGCUUCUUAAAGGCUUCCCUAUAACCACCAUCAUUGUCAUGUUCAUGACCUACUGCCUGAUCCAAGUGAUUAAGGAGCGAGAGAGGAGGCAGGCCCUGGUCGACGAUCCUGACCCUCUUCCUCCUGCACCCCCUCCGAACGCCACCACCAGUCCGACCAGUGCUCCAGCUGCAACUGCCGCCGCUCAGCUGGUCGCAGAUCCCAGCAAGCAAAAAGCCGAGUAGAUAUUUAAUACUCGCCUAGUGCUUCACCUAAUAAAGCAGCCAACAGUUUUAUUGCUAAUUUAGAUUUACAUUUUCAAACUAUUGAAUGGAUGCUCUUCUUCCUCUGACGCCAAAAUCAGUAUUAACUGUAAAUAUGUUUCCCAUCAUUUUAAUUUAUUUAUACCUAAAAGGGAGAAGAGGCGACCUUAAUGGAAAACAAUCAUAUUUGAUGUAUUAUAUAAUAUGCAGUACACAAAACUGUAUAGUACCCUAUCAGAGUCAGCCACAAAAAAGUCAAUCUUAAACUGAUUAACAACACUGUAAGUAAGUUAAAAAGUGCUGGAUUUACUGAAGAGGCAAUAAAAAAAAUAAACUGCAA